AUGUCGGGCGGCAAACCGCGGGUGGAGAUCGUGUCGUCGAGUGCGUUACCUUCGUACGACCGUUUCCAGCCGCACCGCGCGACGCCCGUCGAUGAGACGCAAUUGAGCAUCGCCCAGCGCCUCGUGCUCGAGAACAAGAAGCGCGCGCUCAACUCGGCGCGUCGACGCAAUACGCAGGAGGUCGUGGCGGCCUUGAAGCACACGCCUGUGGAGCUCGGCGUGCACAUUUGGAUCCCGGACCCGGAGCGCGUGUGGCGCGUUGUGGAGGUUGUACGCUACGAACAGGCCGACGACCCGGAGCAGGGCAUGGUGUUGACUGUGCGGGGCCAGUUUGGCCAGGAGAAGGUCGAUAUGCGGGACAUUGGCGACCUGUACAAGGUCAAUCCACGGGUCGUGGAUGACAUGACGGGUCUCUAUUACAUCCACGAAGCAGGGAUCCUCGAGAACUUGAACGUGCGGUCCAAGAUGGACAAUUUAAGACCUUAUACGCUCAUGGCCAAUGUCUUGAUUGCUGUGAACCCACUCGUGCGCACAGUGGAGCCGAAAGUCACGGACUAUAUCAAGACCCAGAUGGGCGACUGUCCCCCGCAUCCGUACGCGAUUGCUGAAGUGGCGUUCCAGCAAAUGGCGCUGCGUACACCGGCGCAGUGCCAGUCAAUUGUCAUUUCUGGGGAAUCGGGAGCUGGAAAGACGGAAACGUCCAAGAUUGUACUGCGGUAUCUCACCUCUAGGGAACACUUGGCUCUGACGGCCAAUAAGGGGAACGUCGUGCAGCAGGACUUGGCACUUGAGCUCGACAAGCGACUGUGGGACACGAACCCCAUUCUGGAAGCGUUUGGAAAUGCCAAGACGCUUCGUAACCACAACUCAUCACGAUUUGGCAAGUUCAUGAAGCUGCAGUUCAAGCCUGGUGACAACACGUUGUCUGGCGCGUUUAUUGAGACGUACUUGCUGGAGAAGUUCCGUGUCGUGGCGCAGAUUCCUGGUGAACGUAACUUUCACAUUUUUUACUUUUUGCUCUCGGGUGCUGAUCCAGAGCUAGCGAAGGAGUUAAAGCUCGAGUCAGUCAACAACUUUGACUAUUUGAACCAAAGCGGCUGCGUGUCGGACCCGAAUGUAGAUGAUGAGAUCCUGUUUGAUGAAGUUGCGAGUGCGCUAGGCUCUGUGAACAUCGAUGCUGGACUGCAGAAGCAAGUCUGGACGGUUCUGUCAGGUCUGCUGCAUCUGGGUAACAUUCGCUUGAAAGACCGCGAGACAGCGGAGGGUGAUGCCGGUGAGGUGCCGCCGGAAGCGACGAAGUACGUGGCGUCGUGCGCCGAGUUGCUUGGUGUGGACAGCAACAACCUGUUGAACGUGAUAACUACUCGCGAGAUCUCCACGCGGACGGAGAACUUUACUAUUCGGCGUACAGCAAAGGAAGGAAGCUAUGUGCGUGACGCGAUUGCCAAGUCGAUGUACAAUCACCUGUUCAAGUGGAUUCUGUACAAAAUCAACGGCUCGCUCGGCCACGGUGAUAGCUCACUACCGUUCAUCGGGGUGCUGGAUAUCUUUGGUUUCGAAUCGUUCGAGGAGAACGACUUCGAGCAGCUGCUGAUCAACUACGCCAACGAGGCUCUGCAGGCCACGUUCAACCAGCAAGUUUUCAUUGCUGAGCAGGAGCUGUUUGCAGCGGAAGGUAUUGAAGUUGGCAAGAUCGUUUGGCCGGACAACCGCGAAUGCAUCGACUUGAUUUCGCAGAAACCGAACGGUAUCUUGCCUUUGCUGGAUCAGGAGGCAAGGAUGCCUAAGGCGUCUGACGAGAAAUGGAAUGCCACGCUGCACAAGACGCACGCAAGCCACCCACACUUUCUGCCUCCUCACGAAAAGGACAAGAAGUACGAGUUUAUUGUGAAGCACUUUGCUACGCGCGUGCCGUACACGAUCGGCAACUUCAUUGACAAGAACAACGACACGAUUCCGAAAGACCUGGAGGAUUUUGUGACUUCUAGUAACUCUUCGCUGAUUAAGGAGCUGUUUUCGUCCAAGAUGGACGUGGAUACCAUGAACGGCGUGUCCAGCAUGAGCCAGCUGCACAAGCAGAGCGUGUCGGCCAAGUUUUGUGAUCAGAUGCAAGAGCUGACGGACACUUUGAACGCGACACGUUCCAACUUUAUUCGGUGCAUCAAGCCAAACCCCACGAUGACGCCUGGCAUUUUCGAUAAUGGUUACGUCGUGGACCAGCUGCGUUGCUCCGGUAUGCUGGCGACGUGCGAGCUGCUGAAGGUCGGUUUGCCCACACGUGUGGCGUAUGAAGAAAUCUGCCGGAUUUACAAGCCUGUGCUGCCGCCUUCCGUCACGCCAAUGUUUAACGCAUACAACGAUCGUACCUUCACGGAAGCCGUGUUGUGGUCGUUCCGUGUGGAAUCGGAUGCCUACCGUCUUGGUCGCACGAAGGUUUUCUUCAAGACGGGCAAGAUUGCUCUGCUUGACGCCUUGCUGAAGGUUGACAUGAAGAAGAUGGGGCCAUGGAUUGUUGCUCGUCUCCGCAAGUGGCUUGCACGUCGCCGUUGGCGGUAUGCGCUAGCCAAGGUGCUGGCUCAGCGUGCGUUCCUGUGUCUGUUGGAGGACACUAGAAGACGCAAGGCUGCCAUCAUCAAGAUGCAAGCUGUGAUGCGCAUGUUUGCUGUCCGCAAACAGUUUGUCCGCGCUCGCAAUGCGUACCGCCUCAAGAUGCGCCGUAAAGGGCUUGCGCAGAAACACUGGAAGAUGGCUAUUGGUGGCGUUCGAGCCGCCAAUGCCUUCAAGAAGCUGUUGGAACAGACUCGCGAGCGCAUGGCCGGUCAGCUUGCUGGUCAGCAUGCUGCUGCUGUGAAGAUUCAGUCAAUUGUUCGUGGCAAGCUCGGCCGCAAGCUGGCAAACAAGCGUCGUGCUCAGGUAGAAGACGAGAAGAUGCGGAAGCGGUUGAUGGAAGAGAAUGCGCGUCUCGAGGCUGAGAAGAAGAAGUCGGCCAAGAGGCGCUGGAUGUCGGCGUUUUACGUCAUCCAGGCUCAACGCCAUUUUGUGAAGCGCUUACACCACAUCCGCAAGGCUCGCCUGGCCGUGGAGGAAGCCCGACGCAUAGCUGCCGAGCAAGAGCAGCUGCGGUUGCAGCGGGAAGAGGAAGAACGUCAGCGCCGAAUCGAGGAAGAAGAAGAGGAGCGUGAGCGUCAGCGCCAGUUGGAGCUGAAACGUGCUUCUGCAGCUACUGCUAUUCAGCGUGCUUACCGUCGGUCUGUUGGUCGCGAAGAGGCUAAGCGUCAAGCUGCUGUAGAGCGUGCACAAGCAGCUUCACUCGCUGCCGCGAUGGCUGCACAGGACGCCGCCGAAGCUGCGCAGGAUGCGUCCAUGGCGCAUGACGCAGAGGCGGCCGCUCUUCGUAAGCUGAGCGCAUACGACGAGGCCCAGAGGAAAGCGGCUGCAGCUGGUACGCUGGGAGUCGCCCCCGCGCUUGGUGCGCCGGGCAUAGCUGGUGUCGUUGGAAAUGGACCUGCUACGCUGGGAUCGGUGCAGCCGCUGCAGGCAUCAGCUGGUCAGGCAGGUCAGAUUGGCGCUGUGGGAUCUAUGGGUGUCGCUGGUGCUAUGGUCGGACAGGAGUCACUCCAGAAUGCUGACAUGAGCUGGGUCGCUGGUGACAAUGCUAAGAUUGAGGGCGAGGGCGUUGCAGGUGAUGCAUUGCGUCAAGAGCAGCUUGCCCAGGCCGGCCGCGAUUUGUUUGGCGAAGGUGGUGAGGCGCCUGCCGGUCCAGUGAUGUCUGCAGACGAUGAGAACUUGGUCAAUCCGGUUGAGAAGAUUCAGGAGUUCCCGACGGGUCCUCCGAUUCCGUAUAAGGGCGGCAUUAUGACGUGUACGAUGCUUGGCCAUCGCAAGCAGCAGGAUCAGAACUGGGGCGAUGAGUACACGGAGUACGUGCUGCGUGUGACGUGGGGCCGUGAUAUUCUUGAACAGUCCAAGACUGCGUGGCUUGUCGGUGGUCGCUACAAUGAUUUUAACGCGCUUCAUCAAGAACUGAAAGCUGCUGCUUCCGGUCGUCGCGGCAAGCGUGCUCCGUGGUUCCCACGUUUCCCGAAGCGUCAUCCGUUCUCGUCAAUGAUCGGCAAGAACCAGGAGGAGAAGUUUAUCAUCAAGCGCGAGAAGGAGAUGAACCGGUACAUGACGCAAGUCCUCACGCAGAUGCCGGACGCUCUACUCAACAUCCACUUGGACCGUUUCCUGAAUCUCACUCUUCGUACACAAGAUAUCUGCGAGCGUGAGGCCUACGCUGAAGCGCGGAAGCGUUGGGAGGAGGAAGAGCGUGAGGCGCUGGCCAAUGCUGCUGACGCUGAGCCAUUGAAUGACGCUGAUUUACAGGAGGUGGAACAGUUGGUGCAUCAGUUGCUGCAGAAGAUCAUCUACGCUGCUGGUGACGUUCGCCAGGACACUGAGUUACAAGAGAUGAUCCAUGCCGUCAAGGUGUUGCAGCCUCGUGUGGCAGCUUCGGCCCAAAUUGGUGGCAAUGUGAACAUCGAGCUGAUCCCGCUGGCCAUGCAGCUGCAGGACGACAUCCAAGAUGCUUUCAACCAGUACAACGACACGCUGCUGGCACUUCGGCUGGGCCAGGACCUCAACUAG